UGGUCGGGAGCGUAAGUCACCAUGAUAGAGAGGAGCCCGGUUCUCCUGCCCUAGCUCGUGAACGCUCAGGCAGCCCACAGCAGGAGGUGCUUGCCACGAUGAGGAGGAACGACAACUAUCUGCCAGUCCCUGGCGAGGAGAAGAACCUGGAUGUGGACUUUGUCAACGAGUCCAUACCCAUGAAAAAUAUGUAUGCGGAUGAGGGCUCACCUCUGUAUCCACGGCUGGGCCCAUACUUCACUGAUGGCCGACGACGGGUGGACUACGUGCUGGCGUACCAGAUCCAGAAGCCCACCAGCAUCCGGCGCCAGUCCUCCAGGUUCGGCGACAACAAUUUCAUCCGCCGGCUUCGGCGCAGCAUGAGCAUGAGAAGCAGCCGUGCCCCGCUGCAGCCGAAGGAAGACCCGGAGAUCGCCGCCCAGAAGCAACGGACGGACUACCACGAGGAUGACAAGCGCUUCAGGCGGGAGGAGUUCGAGGAAAACCUCCUGGAGACGGGGCUGGAGCUGGAAAAGGACGAAGGGGGUAAGAUCCCUGGGAUCGGCUUCUUGAAGAUCCAUGCUCCUUGGAACGUUCUGUGUCGAGAGGCUGAGUUCAUGAAGCUCAAGAUGCCAACAAAGAAGGUUUACGAGGUGAAACAAGGCAGUAAUCUGGUGGAGAAAAUCCGACUGUUCAUUCACAAAGUCACAGCUCCUCUCCACCCAAAAGUGGACGCCAACCGGCCACAAAGCAUCAAAUCCCUCUCUCACCCCUUCUCCAGGGAGAAACAGCAUCUAUUCGAUCUGUCUGACAGGGACAAGUUCUUCGACAGCAAGACCAGGAGUUCAAUAGUCUACGAGGUACUGAAGAGGACCAGAUGCACCAGAGCCAAAUACUCCAUGGGGAUCACCAGUCUGCUAGCUAACGGGGUCUACACGUCUGCUUAUCCUCUGCACGAUGGAGACAUCGAGGGGGUGAACGCAGAAGCUAACGACAGGAAGCUGCUGUACGAGGAGUGGGCCAGCUACAGCGUCUUCUACAAGUACCAGCCCAUUGGACUCAUCAGAAAGUACUUUGGGGAGAAGGUUGGACUAUAUUUUGCCUGGUUAGGAGUCUACACACAGAUGCUGAUCCCUGCAGCCAUCGUUGGAGUCAUCGUAUUCCUCUAUGGCUGUGCCACGGUCGAUGAUAACAUACCGAGUAUGGAGAUCUGUGAUCCCAGGAACAACAUCACCAUGUGUCCUCUGUGCGACCGCGCCUGCAGCUACUGGAAGCUGGUGACGGCGUGUGGUACGGCGAGAGCCAGCCACCUGUUUGACAACCCGGCCACUGUCUUCUUCUCCAUCUUCAUGGCCCUCUGGGCCGUUCUCUUCAUGGAGCACUGGAAGAGACGACAGAUGCGACUCAACUAUGUCUGGGACCUGACGGGCUUCGGAGAGGAGGAGGAGGACCACAACCGAGCGGAGUACGAGUUUCGGGUCAUGAAAAAGACAAUGAAACAGGACAAUUCCACUCCGAAGGGGGAGAAGGUGAAGCUGACCUGUACUGACAGAAUGCCAGCUUACCUGACUACCGUGGUGAUGAUGUUCUUCAUGAUCCUUGUGACGUUUGCCAUAGUGUUCGGGGUCAUCCUGUACCGGAUUAGCAUCAAGGCGGCGCUGCACAUGAGCACCUACCCUGUAGCGCGGUCCAAUAUCAGAGCCACUGUCAAGACCACAGCCGCCAUCAUCAACCUCAUCGUCAUCAUCAUCAUGGAUGAAGUCUACGCCGCCAUCGCCCGCUGGCUCAACACACUGGAGGUUCCAAAGACGGACAAGAGCUAUGAAGAGCGCCUCAUCUUCAAAACCUUUAUCCUGAAGUUUGUCAAUGCAUUCACACCCAUCGUCUAUUUGGCUUUUUUCAGGGGCAGGCUUGUUGGGCGGCCCGGAAACUACCUGUACGUCGUUGGAUCGUACAGAAUGGAAGAGUGUGCCCAUGCAGGCUGCCUCAUGGAGCUGUGCAUCCAGUUGUGCAUCACUAUGCUGGGCAAGCAGCUCAUCCAGAACAACCUGUUUGAGAUCGGCAUACCGAAGCUGAAGAAACUGCUCCGGAGGAGGAAGUCGGACUUGGACUCAAAGCAAGAGGAGGAGGUGAACAAAACCCUUCAGCGCCACGAGAAAGACCACAUUAUGGGUCCCUUCGUUGGCCUCAGCCCCGAGUACAUGGAGAUGAUCAUCCAGUUCGGGAUGGUGACUCUUUUCGUGGCGUCCUUCCCUCUGGCUCCGCUCUUCGCUCUUCUGAAUAACAUCAUUGAAAUUCGCCUGGACGCCAAGAAGUUUGUCAUGGAGCUGCGCAGGCCCAUUGCAGCCAAAGCCAAAGACAUUGGGAUCUGGUACAACCUCCUGAGAGGCCUCAGCAAGGUCGCAGUCAUCGUCAAUGCCUUUGUCAUCUCCUUCACCUCGGACUUCAUCCCGCGGCUGGUCUACCAGUACAUGUACAGCCUGGACGGCACCAUGCACGGCUUCGUCAACCACACUCUGUCUUACUUCAACGUCAGCGACUUCCAGCCUGGCACAGACCCUCUCGAGCCGAUGCACCUGGGCUACAGUGUGGAAAUAUGCAGGUAUAAGGACUACAGAGAGCCUCCCUCGUCCAACACACCGUAUGAACUGUCUAAAGAGUUCUGGGCCGUCCUCGCCGCCCGCCUCGCCUUCGUUGUCGUCUUUCAGAACGUGGUGAUGCUGAUGAGCGACUUCGUGGACUGGCUGAUCCCAGACAUCCCCAAAGACAUCAGCCUCCAGAUCCACAAGGAGAAGAUCCUCAUGGUGGAGCUCUUCAUGAAGGAGGAGCAGGGCAAAAGGCUUGCGGCGCGUGACAACCACAACCAGGACAACUGCAACUCCCCCUCGUUGGCCAGUCGGAGCCCGGCGCAGCCCCGCUCGCGACCCGCCACGCACGCCGUGGUCUGGGAUCACAAGCGCAAAGAGCAGGAAGCAAACGAGGCACCAGAGUACAAACUGUAAAGGAGAA